CGAACUUAUCAGUUCGGUUAAUAGAUAUCAUAUUUAGUGUUAUUGGUUAUCGGAUACCUGAACCCAUAAUGUUAACGGUACAGGUACUCGACCCAUGCUCAGUAUUGCUCACCCUAGUAGUGCUUCGGUGUUUCCUAAUAAAUUAUUAAAAAAAAAAAAAGAAAAACGAACUUCGUAAAAAACAGGAAACAAUGGAAAAUUCUGAGCUUAUCGCCCGCCAUCUGCAAAAAAAUGCAAUUUACAAAAUGGUUUUCUCUUUCCUUUGCUUACGUCCUCGCUUACACACACACAUCUAAUCUCUCUCAUUCGAUGCCCCAAUUUCUGAAUUUUUUUUAUCAUAAAAUAAACCCCACCAUUUUUAUGGUGAUAAAGAGGAAAACUUUCACAGAAGAAAGAGGUAAAAACAAAUGGGGUGGAAUGGAAUUCUGGGUUUUGACUAUGGAAUUGUGCAGGCCCCACUUGGUCCCGACAUUUCUGGUCCAGAACUUGUUGCUGCGGUUGCUAAUGCUGGUGCAAUUGGCCUUCUUCGAGCCCCUGAUUGGGAAUGCCCAGAUUAUGUAAGGGGGAUGAUAAGGAAGACUCGGACCUUGACUGACAAACCCUUUGGCAUUGGCGUUGUUUUGGCAUUUCCUCAUAAAGAAAAUGUGAAAGCUAUACUUGAGGAGAAAGUGGCUGUACUGCAAUUAUAUUGGGGUGAAGUAUCUGAAGAGCUUGUUCAUAGAGCUCAUGACGCUGGUGUCAAAGUUGUUCUCCAAGUUGGGAGUAUUGAAGCAGCAGAAAAGGCCAUUGAUGUUGGAGUAGAUGCAAUCAUUGUACAAGGACGUGAAGCAGGUGGGCAUGUGAUAGAUCAGGAAGGGUUAAUUGCUUUGGUGCCUAGAGUAGUUGACCUGAUCGGGGAACGAGAUAUUUCGGUAAUUGCUGCAGGUGGCAUUGUGGAUGCGCGUGGUUAUGUUGCUGCUUUGGCCCUUGGGGCACGAGGUGUUGCCCUUGGCACUAGGUUUCUCGCAACUGAAGAAAGUUAUGCUCAUCCUGUGUACAAGAGGAAGUUAAUUGAAUGUUCCAAAACUGAGUAUACUAAUGUAUUUGGUCGUGCAAGAUGGCCUGGAGCACCACAACGCGUCUUAUUAACUCCAUUCUUUAGUGACUGGAGAUCUCUUCCUGAGAAUGAAGAUGAGACAAACCAGCCUGUCAUUGGGCGCUCAACAAUUCAUGGAGUGGAAAAGGAGGUAAGGCGUUUUGCAGGAACUGUGCCUAACAAAACAACGACAGGUGAUAUCGAGAGUAUGGGGAUGUAUGCAGGGCAAGGUGUCGGCCUCAUCAAGGAAAUUCUACCUGCUGGGGAAGUUGUGAAGAAGAUUGUUGAAGAAGCUCAGUUGUUGAUACAACAGAAGUUUAAGGAUGUUUGAGUUUCAAGUGGGAGAAAGAAAAGGUGAGGGGUUAAGCAGAUGUUUGUCUGACUGUCUGACUGAUGAGGUUAGAAAUCUCAAACUUCAGGCUGUAUUGAGUAGGAAUUGAAUAAACUUGUUUUUUUAAGUCUUAGGAAUUGGAGAAAUGGUAUCAUCUGUUAUUCUUGUC